AAGUGGGUACUGUGCCCAGCCCUUCAGGCUCCUGGAUCCUAUCAAGAUGUGGCAUCUCAAACUCUUUGCAGUCCUCAUGAUCUGCCUGUUGCUGUUAGCCCAGGUAGAUGGCUCUCCAAUACCAGAACUGAGUUCAGCAAAGAGAAGGCCGAGGAGAAUGACCCCAUUUUGGAGAGCGGUUUCCCUCAGGCCCAUUGGAGCCUCCUGUCGGGAUGAUUCUGAAUGUAUCACGAGGCUAUGCAGAAAAAGACGCUGCUCCCUAAGUGUGGCCCAGGAAUGAUGUACACACCAGGGGAAAAAGAGGACAGCACUUACCUACAACAAUGCUCCGUUCUAUGGAAUAUUGAUUAACUGCAUUUGGCUGGAGACACUUAAGUAAAGCAAUCUUGUUUUUAAAUGUUUGAAGACAGAUAUACGCUUUAAA